GGGGAGCCCCAUGUAGGACAAGGACUAUGUGUGUGUCUAAGGUGAUUAGCUUGUAGUGCCCUAGCGCUUAGUACAGUGCCUGGCAUAUAGUAAGCACGUAAGAAAUGCCACAAAAAAAAAUUGGACCUGUUGGUGAAAUAUUUUAAACGCUCUGAUUUCGAGUAGUGUGAGACCAGGGAAUGAAAAGGAAAUAGUGAUGCUCCUGAUCAAAAUGAAAAGUAAAAUCUGCGGUCCCAGGAUAAAUCCUCAAGAAGGAACUUUUCACUUAACACAUGGGAAGUCACCCAUCUCUCCUCUCCAAGUCCACCCCCUCUUCCCAUCCCCUCCAUUUCACUGCUGCCUGGGCAUAAGCAAUAAGCUAUCAAGGAUCGCUCAACAACCUUUUGCAAGUCUCAUUAAAUGGUCAUUCUAGCCUAGUUGUCAUGGUAACCGGGAACCAAUCAGAAGGUCUAGAAUUGUUUCCUUAGGAAUCAUUUUGGUUAGAACCCUUAACCUAUUAACAUGUGCUCACCUGGCAAAAGGUGAACUUUUAUCCAUUGGCUCCUCUAUUGAGUCAACAGGAACUUGGUCUUCAGCAAAUCAUGGCUUAUACCUUCAGAGAGAUUUGCGUCCCCGUACUGGCUCUAAUUUUCGGUGGCGCAGGAUUCAUCAUCUGCAAUGUCAUUACCAACUCCAUGUUUUGGAGGGUUUGGCAUUAUGACAACACGAACAUUUCAACCAUUUGGUUGGGCCUUUGGAACUUCUGCUAUCAGCCCAGAGAUCCUUCAAACCCUACCGCCAUCUUAGAUAAGGUCUGCAUCAGAAUGAGCUUAACCUGGGAAUUCCCCGGAGAAAUAUCUCUGAGUCAGGACCUAAUGUCUUUGGCCACGGUCCUAGAAGGAGUUGGUCUUUUAUUUACCUUUGUGGGAUUCCUGUGCACGCUGAAGGAGGAGCCUUGUUCAGAGUUCUACCAUUGUUUCCAAAUUGGUGGAACCUUUCUCACUGUUGGGUGCCUCAUUGUCAUAGGCACCUUGUCUUGGAAUUUCUAUCUAGACUCAGUCAGCAGACCCCUAAGCUAUCCUCGUGAAUUUCCGCUUCAGGACCAACCAGAAGAUAGAGACAUUGGGCCUGCUCUUCCUUUAGGAUCGGUAUCUUCCCUCUUUGGGCUUCAGAGCGGGGCCCUUUUAAUCACUCACGGAUGUAGCGUGAGAGCAGUCAGUGAAAUGUCUUCUGUGCAAGUUUGAAGAGACAUCGCCACUCAAAUAUGGCUUCUAAUAUUUGCGCCAGAGGCAGCUCUACAAUGUUAUGGUAUUCAAAUAAAAUCUCAUUUAUUCAGCAAAA